AUGUAUUACUUCUUUCCUGCAAAAUCAGGAAUAUCUUCUUUUCAAUCUUCUAUUCCAUCUCCUGUAGCACGGUCGUUGUUUACGGACGUGCAGUUUGUUGGCAAACCUAGGAAGGAUAAGAGGCCAGUGGUCAUCAGGGAUGUAGAUUCUAGGUCUACAGUGAGUCCAGAUGAUACUUUGGCUGUGGUAUCAGUGGAUGAUCCCGUACAGAAGAAGAGGGGCAGACCGGUAUCCCCAAAGAAGAUGAAGCAUGUCCUGGACUCCCUGGAGGCGGUGCUUGAAGGUAGGCAGGCUUGUUUCUUGCCUCCUAAGAAAGUGAAAAUGCUGGAAUUUCCAACACACAUUUCUUCAAAAUCUUUUGGUCUGAUGGAAACUCCGGAUGGCUCAUCUGAAGUGAGAAGUGCAGAAACAUAUGACCUGCAAGUCCCCUUUCGCUCUAUUAGAGAUGCAACGAAUGACUUUUCUGAAUCAAAUAAGCUCGGACGGGGUGGAUUUGGUGUUGUUUACAGAGGUAGGCUUUGGGACGAGAUAGAUGUAGCAGUGAAAAGGCUUUCUAGAGAUUCUUCACAAGGAGAUAUAGAAUUCAAAAAUGAGGUUGAACUAGUGGCCAAACUUCACCACCGGAAUUUAGUUAGGCUCCUUGGUUUCUGCCUGGAAGGAAGCGAAAGAAUUCUUAUCUAUGAGUUUGUUCCAAACGCAAGUCUCGAUCAUUUCAUAUUUGAUCCAAUCAAGCGCGAACAGUUGGAUUGGGCUAUUCGCUACAAGAUCAUAAUAGGCAUUGGGCGGGGACUCCUUUACCUUCAUGAAGAUUCCCGUCUUAAAAUUAUCCAUCGUGAUCUAAAAGCUAGUAACAUUCUGUUAGAUUCAGAAAUGAACCCCAAAAUUGCAGAUUUCGGACUAGCAAGAUUAUUUGAUACAGAUCAAACACGAGGUGAAACUAAUCGAAUUGCGGGGACCUACGGAUAUAUGGCUCCAGAGUAUGUAAUGCGUGGACACUUUUCUGUGAAGUCCGAUGUUUACAGUUUCGGUGUGCUGGUUUUGGAGAUAAUAACCGGACAGAAAAAUAGUUCUUUUCAGCAUGAAGAAGAUGCAGAGGUUCUUCUAAGCUACGCCUGGAAUAGUUGGAGGGAGGGGACAGCCUUAAACUUAAUAGAUCCCAUGCUAAGAAGUGGUUUUUCAGGACCUGAAAUAAUGAGAUGUAUUCACAUUGCAUUGUUGUGUGUGCAACAAAGUGUAGCUGCUAGGCCAACCAUGGCUGCAGUUAACCACAUGUAUAGCAGCAACUCUCUCAGUCUCCCUGCACCCUCACAACCAGCAUUCUUUAUGCAUGGGGGCAUUGGAUCCUCAUCCAACACAUCGUCGGGAGGGGAUAACAAAUCCAGUAACUUGAUCCAAAAAUCAGCACAGGAUAUGGAUAUGAUUACGGAGCUAUAUCCUCGCUAG